CGCCCUUCAAUUCUUCAAACAAAAAUCAAACGAAUUCAAUUCGAAACGGAAUAUAUUUUUAUUAAUCCUAUAUAUUUAUAUUUCAUUAUUGAAUGGCUGGUAAAUAUUUUAAUAAAUCCAAUUUGGUGGAUUUCUUUAAGCGCUUUGCAACAAGCGAAUUGCAGCAACAUCCAAGGGGGGCAAAACGAAGUGCCGGCAACAGUGAAAUCAUUCAGAAAGUGUCUAGCUUUUGGCCGCAGACCGCCUGGAACCACUACCGUAAGCAGUUACAGGCCACUAUGGGACGUUUAGUUGGUAGUCUCGAGACCGGAUUUCAGCAGUUAGGACGCCAGAUGCCAGCGUCGGGCCGGCGUUCGCUGCGACAAGUAAAGAAAAAUGUGCUGCAGUUGAUGGCCGAUUCCAGGCAGCGCAUUCGUCAAUUGGAGAAGGAGUUUGUACGCAUACGCGAUAGUUUACCUUAUAGAGAGAGAGCAAAUCUUAAAUUUCGUGCGAGCCAGCAGCGUAGCACAGAUUCAGUGGGAAUGAUGGAAGAAGGAAAAAUAGAAAACUGCUUAGCUGAGGUAAAGCUUAAUAUGGAGAGGGUAACUCAAAACUAUGUGUCGCAAUACAACCGGGACACAACUCUAGUACACAAGCCACGCUAUACUGGACGACCGACAAAUGAUUUGAAGUCAUCACAAGCUCGCGCCGAUCUGCACAACUCUAUGAGUGGUGUGUCAGUUUGCUUAACUGAGCCAAACCAGUGCUUGAAAGUGAACGAAAAAAUCUUGCAACUAGCAAGCGAGGCGGCAAAACCGGAAUCUGCGGUUUCACUGCGAACAACCGAGGCUGAUGUACCCAAAGCAUUGACGUUGACCGUGAAAACAGAUGAGGUUAUCACUAAUAGCAACCAACGCCAGGCGGUACUGAAUAAGUCAAGUUACUGAAGCUUAUUAAAAAGCUACAUAAAUUUAUUUCCGAUUGUUAGUGGACCAAUUAUAUUUACAUAUCUUCUACCUUUCACGACUUUCAAUAGCUUUUUCAAUAAACCACAAAACGAACAGGUGUUUGUAUAAGGCUUUGCCUUUCA